CCAUAACUUCGCUGCACGAUAACACGGACAUAGAGAAGAUGUUAUGGACCGAAACCGCCAAGUGUGACAUCAAAUAUGCCUGUGAAUCCUUUACGUGCUCCUCGCUUGUGGACUGUGAUUCCUGCUCAGUAAAGAAUGAUCUAUUUUAUACAAACAAUAUGUUUAUCUACAAGAGGGCAUGCUUAGACGGGCCCUGUGGUCCAUGUGACAUCAACAGAUAUUGCGCGGACGCCGGGGAGUCCUACAGCUACUUAAUAAGCUGCGUCACGUCCGAUGGUAGAUUGACAACUGGAACCGCGUCUCAAACGUCCAGUCUUUUGUUCUAUGCAGAUAUCGACCCUCCUUUCAGUUUUGAUCCAAACAUUGGAGACAGCAUUCAGAUCGGACAGAGCAUACAAGGAACAGGACAAAUCCUAAACCGGAUUACAUCCGAUCCCCAAGAGGAACCAGAUGACUACGACACGAUCACCUUCUACAUCUCUGGAAGCAGUCCAUCCUGGCUUGCAGUUGAUUCAAGUAAAGAGGAAAGGAAAUACAAUGGAAACAUCAAAGUCGUGACCUCUCUUUCCGCCGAAACUGAAGCAUCGUACAUGGUCACGUUCUGUGCAGAGAAUCGUCGAGGUUUUAAAGUAUUUAAAAAUGAGUGCGAGGACAAUGUGUGCGAGCCAACAGACAUAAGCAAAUUCUGUGUCGAUGCCAACGAGUUCUAUGAUUAUACCGUCUCAUGCUGGCGACUGAACGAUAACUAUAGCGGGUUUACUACUGGAACAGCCUACCUUACUAAGCGGCUGUCAUUUUGUGAGGAUGUCAACCAAUCAUUUGCGUUCGCGAGCGAAUGUAAAUCUACAUUUUUACAAGUGUGUUUGUGA